AUGCCUACUCUACAUUCCUUGAUCGAUGAGUAUCGGCAAUUCACAAUUCAUAACAUUAUUUGUGUCCAAUUCUUCAAGAAGGAUGUUUCAGCAGGCUAUACUCACCACAGCCCGUGUCGGUUUGCGGUUGAACCUUUGGAAGUUGUUGCAGUCAUAUCCUUGAAAGCACAAUUCAUUAAUCAAUUUGCUCAUCGCCGUCUGAUUACUGUGUCGAUUACUAUUUAUGCUGAUAGCAUGUGUAUCGCAAAGUGCUACAGUGUGCAUGUAUUUUAUUCAAAAUUUUACGCUCAUUUUUCAAAUAUGCAUCUUCCACGAUCGUUUGCACAAAUAAGGAAUGAAUAUUGUUACUCUGAUACAGUAGCAUCAGUGCCGUUUUGUCGGUUCAGUAGUAUACAAAGCAAAGAUGGAUGGACUCAAAUUAUAGCUAAAAACUCAUUGUUUGGUUUAGUAAAGAGUGACGUUUCUCCCAAAUCAUCUACUGUAUUGGAAGUCUUUAAAGUGCUUCCCCCCUGGUAUGGUCGUACCAACACACGCGAUGAAUUUUUUAUUGCACAAGAAUACAAAAGCAAUGUCCGCCAUUUUUAUUCAAAAUAUGAAAUUCAAGCAAUGGGUCAUGAAAGAGGAAAUAAAAUGGCCUCUGGAGUGUUUACGUUAUCAGUUGACGGCUUGCUUAGUCAUUUACAACUAGGGGGACGGGUUACGCUUGGACCCAAUUAUCUUUCCACUGCUAUUGCCCCAGCAAGCCUAAAUAGUUUGAGUGAUCGUAAUAACCACUCUAAAGGCCGUGUCAUUCGAGAAUAG